AUGGGUGGUGUUGGGAUAUUUGAUGCUGGUUUUUCGUUUGUGGCGAAACACCACUUGAUUCAGUUGGAGUUGCAGUUGACACUGUCAGUUGUCUUUCCUCUGUGUGCUCUUGUUUCUCUGGUUGCUGAGAUUGCGUUUUCAGUGACUUUGAAUCAGAAUACGCUGCAGGAGUUGCAAAGCUAUUGGCUAGAUGUGGGGAAACAUUCUUCUCGCUCAUCUCAAUCCCUCAAUAUUCUAUAUAUGGGCCUUAGCAACUCAAUUGGAAUAUUGAUUAGUCUUUGA